AUGACUCGUCUUCAUGCAUUUCCUUUAUUGGCAGCCCUAGGCUCGCUUGCCCUGGCCAGCCAAGAUGCGUUUAAAUCAAAAUGUCUAAAAUUCGGGGGUGAGAUCGACAUCCCCAAUGUGAAAGUCAACUUUGCCGAGUUUGUGCAGGGAGAUACCAAUUUGUCGUUAGCGGACAAUCCGCCUAGCUGUGGUACAUUCAACCAGGCCGUCUCGGUAGAUCUAUGCCGAAUUGCUAUGGCCGUGUCAACCUCGAACACCAGCGCGAUCACCCUAGAGGCUUGGUUCCCUCGUCAAUACAAGGGCCGCUUCCUAAGCACCGGGAACGGUGGUGUCUCGGGGUGCAUUCAAUAUUAUGACCUCGCAUACACAGCACAUCUAGGGUUUGCUGCCGUUGGAGCCAAUAAUGGACAUAAUGGAACCUCGGGGAAGCCAUUUUACCGCCGCCCUGAAGUAAUCAAAGAUUAUGCAUAUCGCUCUGUUCACACUGGAGUUGUAAUAGGAAAGGAGCUCACCAAGCGAUUCUACGAUGAGGGCUUCAACAAAAGCUACUACCUUGGAUGUUCCACUGGUGGCCGCCAAGGUUGGAAAUCUGUUCAAAAAUACCCCAAUGACUUUGACGGGGUGGUUGCCGGCGCUCCUGCUAUCAACCUAAUUAACCUGUUUUCAUGGAGCGCAAGUUUCUAUUCUAUCACUGGAUCCCCAACUUCCGACACAUUUCUCUCCACAGCUGAAUGGAAGACUGUGCACGAAGAGAUCAUCCGGCAAUGUGAUACCAUUGAUGGCGCCAAAGAUGGAAUCAUCGAGAAUCCCGAUCUCUGCCGUCCUGUCUUGGAAACAUUGACGUGUGACCCAAGUGUCUCAAACAAAACAAGCUGUCUCACCAGCGCUCAAGUCAACACCGCCCAGCAAGUGCUAUCGCCAUUGUACGGAAUUAAUGGCACCCUGUUGUACCCCCGUAUGCAGCCUGGCUCCGAGAUUCUUGCCGCACCUAUCAUGUACAAUGGCAAACCGUUCCAAUACAGUGAAGACUGGUACCGCUACGUCGUCUACAACAACCCGUCCUGGAGCGGUGUCAACUUCACAGUGAACGACGCCGCCCUCGCUGUCGCCCAGAACCCAUACAAUAUCCAAACUUGGGAUGGCGAUAUCUCCUCCUUCAAAAAGGCCGGCGGGAAAAUCCUACAUUACCACGGCCUCCAAGACCAACUGAUUAGUUCCGAGGACUCUAAGAUGUAUUAUUCUCAUGUCUCGAACACCAUGAGACUUCCUCCUGCCCGAUUGGAUGAUUUCUAUCGCUUUUUCCCGAUCAGCGGCAUGGGCCAUUGUGGGGGUGGCGAUGGUGCCUAUGGUAUUGGCCAGGGACUCGGCACUUACGGUGGAACAAAUCCCGAGGACAAUGUGCUUAUGGCAAUGGUUCAGUGGGUCGAGGAAGGUAUUGCACCGGAAACUGUUCGCGGUGCCAAGUUCUCUACCGGUCCUGGCUCUAAGGUUGAGUAUAAGCGCAAGCACUGCCGCUGGCCUCGACGCAAUGUGUUCAAGGGUCCUGGGAACUACACCAAUGAGAACGCUUGGCAGUGUGUUUAA